AUGAGUUUCGGAGCCCCCGGCGGUGGGUCGGUGAACUACAAGCCAUCACCACCUGAGCGCGGUAGCUUUCCUCUUGAUCAUGAAGGGGAAUGCAAGCACAUUAUCUCGGGAUAUCUGAAGUGUAUCAAGAUGAACAAAGGCACCAACGAUGAAGCGUGUCGCAAAUUGGCUAAGGAAUAUCUUUCCUGCCGAAUGGACAAGUAG